AUGUCGAAAACGAAGAAGCAGCUGUUAUCAUCAGCGCCAUGGAGAGGCGACGACCAACAGCAGGAGGACAAGUUCCAAGACGCCAGGCUUAGGGCCACCAAGCGGCCAGGUUCUGCAUCCACCAUGUACGUUCCUCGCAAGAAGAGUGUUAAAACGCGCCCAAACGACAAGGACGACGACGACGACCAGUCCCUCUCUGAGAUUGAUCCUGAACUUCGCCACAGCUUCCAGCGUAAUUUUCAGUUUAGAAUUGAAUUGCAAGAAAAUGAUGUGUGAUUCAAGGCUACGCAUUUCAAAGUUUGAAAGCAUCGAAUAGUGAGAGCUGUGAUUUGGGUUGGUUGAAUUUGAAUUGAAUUAUGAGCUACUGACAUGUGUUUUGUGAAUCCCCA